AUGCUACUCUACUUCCUCCUCCUCCUCCUCCCCCUUCUCCUCCUCCUCCGCUCCGCCGCCGUCCGCCGUCGCCGUCGCCUCCUCCCGCCGGGAAACCUCGGGCCGCCCCUCAUCGGCGAGACGCUCCAGCUCAUCUCCGCCUACAAAACCUCCAAUCCGGAGCCCUUCAUCGACGACCGGGUCGCCCGGUUCGGAUCGCUCUUCACCACCCACGUCUUCGGCGAGCCGACCGUCUUCUCCGCCGACCCGGACGCGAACCGGCUCAUCCUCCACAGCGAGGGCCGGCUCUUCGAGUCAAGCUACCCCGGCUCCAUCUGCAACCUCCUCGGCCGCCACUCGCUCCUCCUCAUGCGCGGCGGUCUCCACCGCCGGAUGCACUCUCUGACCACCAGCUUCGCCGGCUCCGCCAUCAUCCGGAGCCACCUGCUGGGGGAUAUUGACCGACUCGUCCGGCUCAACAUGGACGCCUGGACCGGCCGGGUUCUUCUCAUGGAGGAGACCAAAAAGGCUCGGACAAAGGUGGCGGAGGCGCUGAGCCUGGUGGUUCGGGAAAGGAGGAGAGAGAGUGAGAGAGGAGAGAGAAAGAAUGACAUGCUGGCGGCGCUGCUAGACGAGGACGGCGGCGGAGGUGGCUUUUCCGACGAGGAGAUUGUGGAUUUCAUGGUGGCUCUGCUGGUGGCCGGUUAUGAAACCACAUCAACUAUCAUGACGCUCGCCGUUAAGUAUCUGACGGAGACACCUACGGCGUUGGCUCAGCUCAAGGAAGAGCAUGAUCAAAUCAGAGCAAAAAAAGGUGACAUUAAUUCUCUUGAGUGGGAAGAUUGCAAAUCCAUGCCCUUCACUCAAUGUGUCGUGAAUGAAACCCUUCGUGUAGCUAACAUAAUCAGCGGUUUUACAAUUCCUAAGGGAUGGAAAGUGUUUGCUUCCCUUCGAGCCGUACACAUGGAUCAUCAACACUUUAAAGAUGCUCGAACUUUUAAUCCGUGGAGAUGGCAGAAUGGCUCGAAUGGCGUGGCGAAUGUUUUCACGCCAUUUGGAGGUGGGCCCCGGCGAUGCCCCGGCGCUGAGCUGGCGAGGGUUGAGCUCUCGGUUUUUCUCCAUCGACUAGUCACCCAAUUCAGUUGGGAGCCUGCAGAAGAAGAUAAAGUGAUAUUCUUCCCAACCACAAGAACUCAGAAGAAAUAUCCAAUUCUUGUAAAGAGGAGGAUUUAAUAUGUAGGGAACACAAGUUGGAACUUUUUUUCAAGCUAAUAUUUGAUAAUUGUAGUAAAUUCAAUAAAUACUUGCUAGCUUUUAUUGUUUUUUAUUUUAGUCAAUAAUAUAUAGAGAUGUAAAUUGAUGGUAAUUCAGAUUUUUCCUAUUGGGGAAAAGUUUUAUUGAUGCAGAUUUAUAUGUGUGACUCAGC